AUGAACAAGUGGAACAUCUUAAUGUACGGCGAUGGCAUGGACAAGACCAUUGUUUCCGCCAGUCUCAGCAAUGCCACGGGAUCAACGAUCAUGCAAUCUGCUACCUUUGCUGUACAAGGUUUUGGUUUCAUAGCCAUGGACAUGGGGUUCGAGAACACAGCCGGUCCGGAAAAGGAUCAAGCUGUGGCAUUGUUUUCAGCAUCCGAUAGAUCAGUAUUCUACCGAUGCAUGGUGGACGGAUACCAAGACACUCUGUUCGCACACUCCCAUCGCCAGUUGUACCGAGAGUGCGACAUAUACGGAACAGUGGACUUCAUAUUCGGAGACGCAACUGUUGUCAUCCAAAACAGCAACAUAUACCUCAAGAGAGGGAUCUCCAACACCAACAUCAUAACUGCGCAAGGAAAACAAAUCCCCCAGUCCAUAUCAGGUAUAUCCAUACACAACUGUUUCAUCUUAGCUGCUGAGAAUCUUGACGGCGUAGAGACAUUCUUGGGGCAGCCUUGGCACAACUACUCCACCGUCGUGAUAAUGGAGAGCCAACUAGGAAGCUUCAUUGAUCCCCGGGGAUGGCGAGCUUGGGAAGGAAGCGAUCCUCGUCUAGGUGUUCCCGAUACUAUAUUGUAUGUCGAGUACAAUAAUGUCGGCCAGGGUGCUGUGACUACAAAGAGAGUUCACUGGGAAGGGCUUAAAGUUGAAAACAGUCUGGAGUAUGCAAGAAGCUACACGGUUGGAUCCUUCCUUGGUGGAGGCGAUUGGCUUCCGUCAACAGGUGUUGCUUUCGAGGCAGAUUUGUACUCCUUUCAUCCCAAUAAUGAGGCGUAUUCCUUUUUUAAGAUGUUCUGGCUUAAGCGUGGCAUUUUCUUUUUUGGCAAUAACUAA